GUGGAGGUAAAGUGAUAGAGCUCAGUCUUCAAAACGGUCAAAGGGUCAAAGCAAACGUCCUCCUGUGUCUCUUCGAACCCGUAUCUCCGCCACCCGUCGCUGCCAUCCGCCACCGUCGCAUCUCCGAUCCACCGUUCCGGCAUACCGAAGUUUUAAGUGCUUCGCAUCGUCUCUGUCGCACACUCGCUUGAAGCCCUAAAAUUCUCAAUGGGUGACGAAAAGGACCGUCAAGAUGACUCUGUUUUCACGCAGUUGAGUGAAGCUGUAGCCACCAACCCAGACGACCCAUCGGCUCAUUUCAAUUUGGGUUUGUACCUGUGGGACCGGAUUGGAGAAGAAUCUAAGCAAAAGGCAGCAGAGCAUUUUGUGAUUGCAGCAAAGCUCAACCCACAAGAUGCAAAUGCUUUUAGGUAUUUGGGUCAUUAUUAUAGCAAAGUUUCAACUGAUACUCAAAGAGCUCUCAAGUGUUAUCAAAGAGCUCUUGCUCUCUCUCCUCAAGAUUCUGAAUCCGGGGAAUCAAUGUGUGAUUUGUUGGAUAAAGAAGGAAAAGAGAGUUUGGAGGUUGCUGUCUGUCGUGACGCUUCAGGGAAGUCUCCAAGGGCAUUUUGGGCAUUUCGUAGACUAGGUUUUCUACAGGUCCAUCAGAAGAAGUGGUCCGAAGCAGUUCAAAGUCUUCAGCAGGCCAUCAGAGGAUAUCCCACAUCUGCUGAUUUAUGGGAGGCCUUAGGUCUUGCCUAUCAACGAUUAGGCAUGUUCACCGCAGCUAUUAAGUCAUAUGGUCGAGCUAUUGAGUUGGAGGAAUCACGCGUGUUCUCUUUAAUUGAGAGUGGAUAUGUCUUCAUGAUGAUUGGUUCACAUCGAAAGGGAGUUGAGAUGUUUCAACAAGCUUUACAAAUAUCACCUGAAAAUUUAGCUGCACACUACGGUCUUGGAUGUGCGCUUCUUGAGUUAUCAAAGGAAUGUAUAAGUUCAGGUGCAUUUAGAUGGGGAGCUUCAGUAUUAGAGGAGGCAUCAAAAGUUGCAAAGGCUGGUACAUAUUUGGGCAAAAAUGUUUCAUGCAUGUGGAAGUUGCAUGGUGAUAUUCAGAUAUCAUAUGCAAAGUGUCUUCCCUGGAUGGAUGAAAAUCCUGCGUUGGAAACCGAUAAAAAAGCUUUAUCGGCUUCCAUAAUGUCAUGGAAAAACUCGUGCUUUUCAGCUGCACUGGGUGCCAAACACUCCUAUCAACAGUCUCUGCAUUUGGCUCCGUGGCAAGCUAACAUCUACACCGAUAUUGCAAUCACUAUAGAUGUCAUUAACUCUUUUAAGGACGCUGAGAAGCAUGAUCUUAUUCAAGGGGAAUUACCUGAGAAAAUGAUAAUAGGGGGAUUAUUACUCGAGAGUUGCAAUAAUGAGUUCUGGGUUGCAUUGGGAUGCUUAUCACAUCAUGUGGAAAUGAAACAACAUGCUUUUAUCAGGUCGUUGCAGUUGGAUGUAUCAUUAGCUGUUGCCUGGGCAUAUCUCGGGAAGCUUUACAGAAAACAAGGUGAAAAGAGUUUGGCCCAGCAAGCAUUUGAUCGGGCCAGGAGUAUUGAUCCUUCUCUUGCGUUACCAUGGGCUGGCAUGUCGGCUGAUAUGUCCAUUAGGGCGCUUAAGCCAGAUGAAGCUUAUGAUUGCUGUUUACGGGCUGUGCAGAUACUACCACUUCCAGAAUUUCAAAUGGGUCUUGCAAAGCUUGCUAUUCUUUCUGGUCAACUUUCAUCUUCAGAGGUAUUUGGGCCCAUACGUCAGGCCUUGCAUCACGCACCCCAAUAUCCUGAAGCUCACAAUCUUCUAGGGCUUGUAUGUGAGGCAAGAGGUGAUCAUCUCUCUGCUAUUACGUCUUUUAGGUUAGCACGUUGUGCAGUCAACAUUUCUUCUGGUGAUUCUCAAAAACUCCUUGAUAUUUCAAUCAAUUUGGCGAGGACUUUCUGUAAGGCUGGCAAAGCUUAUGAAGCGGUACAAGAAUGUGAAGAGUUAAAGAAAAAAGGCGUUCUUGAUUAUGAAGGUUUGCAUAUAUAUGCUUUAUCUUCAUGGAAACUCGGCAAAAACGAUCAGGCUUUGUCUGUAGUGAGAAUUUUAGCCGCACGCGUUAAAUCAUUGGAACCAAACCUCGCUUCUUUAUCCAUAAGUUUUAUAUGUAGAUUACUUUAUUAUAUUUCCGGGCGAGAAUCAGUUAUUACAAGCAUUCUGAAAAUGCCCAAGAGUUUGUUUGAAAGUUCCAAAGUUAGUUUUGUGGUAUCCGCUAUUCAUAUUCUCGAUCAAAGCAAUCAGCUUGAGGCAGUUGUUUCAAGUAGUCGAUCUUCGCUUCUAACUCAUGAUGAAAUUACCGGAAUGCAUUUUUUGAUAACGUUAAGUAAAUUGGUAAAAAAUAGCUCAGAAGAUUGUUUGGGGAUUCAGAAUGGAAUAUAUCACCUUAGAAAAACUCUCCAUAAAUACCCUAACAGUUAUAUGCUAAGGAAUUUUCUUGGAUAUUUAUUAAUAUCUAGUAAUGAACGGAAAGAUACUCAUUUGUCUACUAGAUGCUUUACUGUGAGGUGUGCCACAUCAGCGUGUCCUGAGGACGAAGGUUUCAAACGCGCACCUGAAAUUCUCGGUGCAAGUGUGGUCGCUUGCUAUACAACAGGGAGUUUAAAACAUAAAUACUCUUUUCCUGCCUGUAAAGAUCAAUCGCCAUAUCAGCACGGAUCACUUAAACUACUGCAAAAGUGGUACCAUCAAGAACCAUGGAAUAAAAAUGCGCGAUAUCUGUUAAUCCUUAACUAUAUGCAGAAGGCUCGCGAAGAGCGAUACCCGCAACAUAUACACACAGGACUCGAAAGAUUAACACGUUUGGCCCUUUCAGACGAAUCUCGUCACUAUAAAAGAUUCCAACUUCUAAUUUGUGCUUCUGAGUUAAAUUUACAAAGCGGAAACGUUAUCGGCUGCAUAAAUCACGCUACAAAUGCUUCAAAGAUUUCCGUCUCUGAUGCGUAUCUUUUCUUUGCCCACUUGCUAUUAUGUCGGGCCUAUGCCGCAGAAGAUAACCGGCCCCGUUUACGUGAAGAGUACGUGAGAUGUUUAAAUCUGAAAACAGAUUAUCAUAUCGGUUUGAUAGGGUUAAAAUAUAUCGAAUGUUUGUAUGGGCUAGCAGAAGCAAAUGAUAAUAUAAUCGAAUUGAAGUUUGAAGAAUGUUCGAAGGAUAUAAAGUAUUCUUGGAAUGUUUGGAUGGCGAUAUUGAAAUUAGUUCAAGGUUUGAUUGCUGUUUGGAAUAGAGAUUUUGUUGGUGCGGAAGAGUUGUUUGCACAAGCAUGUUCGUUAAACGCUUAUGAAAGCUGUCUGUUUUUGUGUCAUGGUGCUGUAUGUAUGGAACUUGCUAGACAACAAUGCAAUUCAGAUUACCUGUUGCUUGCAACCGGAAGUUUGAAGAAAGCUAAAGACACUUGUGGGGCCCCCUUACCGAUCUUGCAACUGUUACUAGCACAAGCCGAAGCAAGUCUUGGAUACAAAGGUCAAUGGGAACGGUACCUUCAGCUUGAAUGGUCAACUUGGCCUCCAGAGAUGAGGCCGGCUGAGAUCUUUCUUCAAAUGCAUUUGCUUUUGGGACCGUUGGAUGACAGUAUGCAUUCUACAUCACGAACAAAACAUUAUCAGAAAAAUCCGUUACGAUGGAUUCUUCAAGCGAUUCACUUGAAUCCGUCUUGUUCAAGAUAUUGGAAAGCUUUACAGAAUUUGUAAUUAGUUUUUUCUUCUUAUAGUUAUGCUUUGUGUUAGAUUUUAAACAGUUACUGUAUCUUUACAUUAUCUGUUCAAUGUAAAACCAAACCUUUACAAAAGAAGAUGAUAUAUCUAAAUUAGGUUGUCAUGAUGCUAAAA